AUGUUAGACCACAGGGUGUUCUUCCAAGUUAUAAAGAAUCCUAAAGAAUGUAAAGCAGUCCCCUUGAGUAAUGGAAGAGAACUUGAAGAAGUGUCACCAAAGAACAAAAAGAAGGUAGAUGCUGAACUCAUUCCUGCUCAAAGAAUUGAAGCUGAAAAGAGUCCCGAGAAAGUCAUGAAACAGUCUGAAAGUGUAGUGACCAGACCACCUCCAGCGUUUCCACAGCACUUUUAUAAACAGAAAAUAGAUGCAUCCUGUAAGAAAUUUCUUGACAUAUUGAAUUCUAGAGUGAGGAGUAAGAUUCCACCAAAGCUGAAAGAUCCGGGCAGUUUCAAUAGUUCUAUCACUAUUGGUAAUAUCGAGGUUGGGAUAGCAAUGUGUGAUUUGGGUGCUAGUAUUAAUCAAAUGCCCAUCUCUGUGUUCCAACUGUUAGGGUUGGAUAAGAAUGUCCCUCUCAUCAUAGGAAGGGGAUUCUUAGCGACGGUUGAUGCAGUUAUCCGAGCCAGAGAUGGGAAGAUGUUAAUGACGGUUGAUGGGCAGAAAGCUACUUUUGAUGUGUUCAAAGAUACUAGGCUUCGACCCUCAUUGUGA